CUCCGAAGAACUAAUGCAAACAAACAGAUUCUCCUCGGUUUGUCGGAGAUUGUUUCGCACUUGGGUCACUAUAGUUUCUUUUUUUCUUAACUUAUUUUUGCAGUUACUGUUAUAAAAUGUUUGACUCAUCAGACUCUGAAGAAGAGACGAAUGUGGUUCCAGUACAGACAUUAAAAAUUGACUGGUUAGACAUGUCAUUCAUGGGCUGCCCUGAAAGUGUAGCCCUCAGUGGUCUGCCAGGAUGCCGCUUCAGAAAUAUCUUCCAGAACCUUAGCACAGAUCUUGAUAAUAUUGAAGAAAGAGGAAUAACAGAUGUAGUAAUAUUAGUCACCAAGGGUGAGCUCAGGAAAUACCGUGUUCCUGACCUGAUCAGUGAAUAUGAAAUUAGAGGAAUACGUGUCUACCAUUACCCAUUCCUUGAUGGAACUGCCCCAUCCAUUGAUGCUGUUAUGGCCAUUAUUGAUUAUAUCAGGCAAGUCCUGGAAGAGAAACGGAAGAUUUUAGUACAUUGCAUGGGUGGCUUGGGCAGAGCUUGUGUGGUAGCAUCUUGCCUCCUACAAUACUUUGAUAAUUCUGUGACACCAGACCAGACAAUAUUUUGCUAGAACCUUAGGGAGCUUGUGCAGUGCAAACUGUUCAGCAAUAUAAUUUCAUUCAAGAUUUUCGAAGCCUCUGUGAAGCGUGGAUGGAUGAAGACAUUGACAGGUCUGUGUCUCGCUGACAAUUUGGAAGUAAAGGCCUAGCACCAGGAGAUUUGGGGUCGUAGAGAAUUAGAGCAAGAAAAGUCUUCUUGAUGAUGCGCACCAUGCUACAAGAAGGGCAGAGGGAGUGUGCAAAAAAGUUGAUUAAUAUAUGGACUUAAUUGACAUUUUGAUUGAUCAGUACAUUAGUUUCUUUUCAGAGGACCUAACCAUUAUGGUUUGUGAAUUUUAGAAUGUAUCAUAUCAAGAAAAGUAAUGCUUUGUUAAUCUUCACUCAUUAUCCGCCCACUUGUUGAAUGAUAUUUAUUGUUGAUGGAUUUCAGUCGUAUUUUAUUUUGAAAUCAUUUGAAUUCAACUGGGUAAGAUAAAUGAAUUAACUUGCUUGCUCCAUUGCAUUUAAACUUACAUAUAAAGCUAAGAUAUAUGUAUAGCAGGAUAUAGCACAACUGUGACAGCAUACUAUUCACGAAAUAGUGCAGAUGCGUGUAGAAUCUUUUAAUUGUAUUGUGGUGAUAAUAAUCUGCAUAUCGUAAUUAAAAUGUUCAGUAAUAAACUCACUUAAGCAUUUUUAAAAUAGCCUGUAUACAAAAAAAGCGUUAUCAGCCCUCACAUAUGUAUUAGUGAUAUUUUAAGAAUUUUUAAAAUAAAAAAGGCGAAUUCUUGUUAAUCUAGUCGAAGUAGAAUUUAUAUAUCUUUUUUUUACUCAGCAUUACAAUUGUCGCAGUUGACAUGAAAAUGUUUUCUCCUUUUUAUCCUUCUCCCAAAGGUUCUUGUUGGAUGUUUAACAAAUUCAUAUGAUUUGAGGAGUUUUUAUGUUCUUUUUUUAAUAGAUUUUGGUGCAUUAUUUUCGGAAUGAAUAGUAAAUUAUGCAAAUAAAAAAGACAAGAAGACGUUCUAAUAAUUAAAAGUUGAUCCUUUAUUUUCACAGAAUUGUAUGUACCUUUUGUUAUAUUUUCAGUGUUCGAAUUUUAAUUAAGAAUAAUAGAACAUUAUCUGCAUUGGAAACACGUUCCUUAAGAAAGAAAUAUGAAAGCAAAUGUACAAAGUGUGGAGAUUAAGAAGAUUUCAUUAUUAUAAGAUAUCAAAAUACUCAUGCACAUGUAGUGAAAGUCUAUUUUAUUAUAUUGUUUUUCUUA